CUCCAGAGGAUGCUACCAGGCCUGAGCCUCACAGAAACAGUGCAGCCCGGUCCCUCCAUGGCAUCCUAUUUACCUAAAGAAGAUGUCAAGUGGCCACCUGUCCUCCCACCGCCUGUGGGGCCUCCUGCCUUAGACCCCAACCUCCUGGUCUCUGCACCUGGCAACCCUGCUGGCUUCGGGCAGCAUCUCCCUGAGGUCCUGCCCAGUCCUGAGCCUCUGGCUCAAGCCCUGCCCCCUGCAAGUGAACAGCUACUUCCUGACCUGCUUAUCAGCCCCCACAUGUUGCCUUUGACUGAUCUGGAGAUCAAGUUCCAGUACCGGGGGCGGCCACCCCACGCCCUCACCAUCAGCAACCCACAAGGCUGCCGGAUCUUCUACAGCCAGCUGGAGGCCACCCAGGAGCAGGUGGAACUCUUCGGCCCCGUGAGCCUGGAGCAAGUCCGCUUCCCCAGUCCCGAGGACAUCCCCAGCGACAAGCAGCGCUUCUACACGAACCAACUGCUGGAUGUCCUGGACCGUGGGCUCAUCCUCCAGCUGCAGGGCCAGGAUCUGUAUGCCAUCCGCCUGUGCCAGUGCAAGGUGUUCUGGAGUGGGCCCUGUGCCUCCACCCACGGCCUAAGCCCCAACCCCAUCCAGCGGGAAGUCAAGACCAAGCUCUUCAGCCUGGAGCAGUUUCUCAAUGACCUCAUCCUGUUCCAGAAGGGCCGCACCAACACCCCACCUCCCAUUGAGAUCUUCUUCUGCUUUGGGGAGGAGUGGCCUGACCAAAAGCCCCGAGAGAAGAAGCUCAUUACUGUCCAGGUGGUACCUGUCGCAGCCCGACUGCUUCUGGAAAUGUUCUCAGGGGAGCUUUCUUGGUCAGCUGACAGCAUCCGGCUGCAAAUUUCAAACCCAGAUCUCAAAGAUCACAUGGUGGAGCAGUUUAAGGAGCUCCAUCACAUCUGGCAAGCCCAGCAGCAGCUGCAGUCUGUGGCCCAGGCCCCUCCCGUGGCAGGUCUGGGUGCUGGCCAGGGGCCCUGGCCCAUGCACCCUGUUGCCAUGCAAUAGCAGGGGUGCAGGUAGUGGCUGUGUAGACUGAUGAGGCAGUGCGGUAGCCCCAGCGGGCCUGGCUGGCUGCGGACUCCAACCUCUGGGUCUCCUUGAGGUGGAAGAUAAAGAUGAGACUUGGGUACCAGUUCUCCCUGCAGAGCUUUGCUUGCAGGGCUGGCUUCCUGGGCCUGCCUGGCACUGGAGAAGCCCAGCCAGCAGUGCCCUGAGCAGGGAAGGAAUGUCCCUGACUGCAGAGCCGAGGUGUACAGGGCAGAUUGCCCCAGGGUGGCCCGUUAUUGAGGUUGCUGCAUUUGCGCUGGCAAAAGAGCCUGAGAAGUGUUGUGGGCCAAGUACCCCAGCAGGGCCUCUGCACAGCAGGGGCCUGAUUUGGAGGUUCCCUAGUUUGAGCCUCACUUCCCCAUCUUUCUUGCUUCUGAGAUGAAUAUAAGCCUCUGGACGUCACUUAAGGCUGGCAGCUAAUCGCUGCCUUCCCGAGUUUUAAGAAUCUGGGGAUGAAGAGUAGAGUUUUAUGUAUUUUUGGAUUAAAAAGUUAAAAAACAGA